UCCCGAUCUCUGUAAUAUAGAUACAGUUUGUUAAUAGUAUACUUGUCAGUUACCACGCAAGAUAAUAUAUUCGUCAGGUUAAUAGACUGGCAUGGAUUUGUGAUGCGAUAUUGUGUAUAAAUAGAUUUGUCUCACGAAGGGCGUGUUCGGAAAUGUUCUGGUGCGAAGCUAAUGUAGAUUCUUUGACCAUUUCUAUUGGUUCGCUGCGACGAAAUGCUGAAGUACCAUAUCAGGCACUCAGCCAGACAGACACUAGCCAACUUUAGUGGGCAGUGGGAGGUACCGGUAAUGCGAUUGCAAAGCAACCUGUGCAAAGCGUUGUCGGCGCGUGCUUAGUGUCUAUAUGUAUGUAGGUAUAUCACUGUGUUUUAAUGACUGGGUCGACAUUUUUCUUGCGUUAGUUUGGCGCCAGCAGUGGCGAUUUUAAAAGACGGUUAUUGCAAUAAAAUUCUUGGGCUACUUCGUGUGGAAGGGAGCGUGAGAUAUCAGUGCAAUAACGCUUUGGACGUUGCAUAUUAUGACAUCUAAUACAGGUUUCCUACUUUGUCAAUUGUGGAUGGGUAAUGAUGUAUUACAAUUGAUUUCUCGCUUCUUUUUGGAAGGAAAUGCUGGAACUGUGUACUAGUCAACACAAAGAAACUUUGAAAUAUUAAUUCUUGGAAUAGUUGGAGCCUUAUAUGACUGAAAGUUUUAUAAUGACAGCUUUUCAAAGGAUGGGUGAAAGUCCUCAGAAUGUGAAAGUAAUGAGGAAUAAAUAUACAGGCGAACCAGCUGGGUAUUGCUUCGUACACUUUUCAACUGAUGAAGCUGCUCUAAAUGCCAUGCACAAACUAAAUGGGAAACUUAUUCCAAAUACAACCAAUCCUCCUGUCCGGUUCAAGUUGAAUCAUGCGGGAACUACAGGGCGACCGUCUCUUGAUCGUGAAUUCUCAUUAUGGGUCGGAGACCUGACACCUGAAGUGGAUGAUUAUACCCUUUACAGAACAUUUGCUGCACGAUACCCCUCCAUAAGAACAGCAAAAGUUAUUUUGGACAACACUGGAUAUAGUAAAGGCUACGGCUUCAUAAGGUUUGCAAAUGAAGAUGAGCAAAAGUCUUGUCUUACACAAAUGAAUGGAUACAAAGGAUUGGGUGGAAAGCCUAUAAAAAUAAGUAAUGCUGUACCCAAAGCCCAUCGUUUUACAACUUCAGUUACAACUCACACAACUGCUACAACUACCACCACGACUGCAUAUGCUACUAGUCAAGAUUAUAGCCAAUACUAUGAUCCUUCAUACUGGCAGAACUAUUCAGCAUGGCAGCAAGGUUAUUAUGAUACAAGUGCUGAUCCAUCAGCCUCAACAGUGCACAUGCAGGCUACUCAAGAUUAUUUGCAGAGCAUGAAUGUUUACUCUGCUGUUCAACCAGUAGAUGAAACUACAAAUGCAGCAGAUGAUAUGGAGCUUGUAGAACACAAUGUACCUGUUGAUGUUGAGAAGCUUAAUAGAGAACUUAUUGAGAGAGAUUAUUGUUUAUGGGAUGCAUUGGAAAGUUCGAAGUGGUUACCUGUUGAAGGAUUGGAUUGUACUGAUAUGUCCAAUUAUAAAUAUGCAUGAUUAUUUUUGUAUUCGUGAUACAGAUAGAGUGCAUUUAAAUUCCUUAUGUUAUAUGUAAAUUUUUAUAUGAUGCAAAAGUAUUUCCAAUCUUAAAUAGAAUUCAAUGAACAUGUCUUGCUAGAAGUGAUUUGUUUUCUUACUGUCUGUAUAUGAUCCUUCAUCCACUUCUCCCAAACAUAUGGUGUCUCAAUUCAAAUUAAUACAAGCACAUUAAUAUCUGAUAAUUCAUUAAUGUUUUUGCAAUAGUUCAGAACACUUUAUGCUUACAAAAAUACAUGUUACAUAAUUACAUAGUAAUGUUCAAAAUACACUCCUCAUUUUUUUUCACUGUAUUAU